CUGUUUGUAGAGGAAUUAACAGAUCGGUUUCGGUGGUCAGUCCUGGAUCCACCCACGACAGCACAGAUUGUCGAACUGGACGAUACGGGCAGUCCUCAGUGGCGGCCUCUGCUCGGUCCGCCAAACCAUGCGCUCGCUGAAGAACCUGUCACCCAACCGCCACGUUGCCGCAUGCUUAUCGCUUUUGACGUGGUGUAUAGCGCAGAUUAUUGGCUUGAUGCCGAUGCACUGAACGAACAGCCCGCACCCUUGGUGAUUGAAAAUGUAGGAGGACAGCCCAUUACAUUUGAAAAGUUCAUCAAUGAAUUGCAUCUUUACGCUCCGGAACUGCGCGAGACCAUCUUCGGAAUCUAA